GUGUCUUAAGAAUGAAUCCUUUAUCACAACAUGAACAAGCAAAAGGCUUCUCCCUGUGUGUUUUCGUGGAUCCUCAACCAGUCCUCAAUGUUCACUGGAACUGAAUGUGCAGGAUUAGCAGGCAAAAGUGUUUUCUCCGGUGUGUGUUCUUGUGUGUUUCGUUAAAUGUGCUUUAAUGGUAAUUCCAAGUCUUACAUGUAUGAGGUGAAUUUUAUGUUGUGCAUUUCAUUGUCCAUGAUUGUUAAUGCAUUUUUUUGGCAAUGUUUGUCUGCAAAAUGUGUAAUUACGAGGUUUGAGAAACACAAUUAUAACUAAGACCAACUGAACCCCCGGCUGAGCAAGCAAUCGGCAACAGAGGCAAGAAAAACUCUCUAAAGAAUAAACCUCCAUAGAUUCAGUGUGGGGUGACUGUCUCCAGUGAGAGAGACAGAUAGAAUCUUGAAUGCUGAUUGGCUCUGCGGGCAACUAGUCCCUCCCUCUGUCUAUUGCCGGUUCAACUGGCUCCAAAUUCCAGAGGACAAAAGAUUUGGAAGCAUGUCAUCGGUUUCAUGCCUUCCAUCAGACAUGGAAGAUGGUGCUUUCUCACUGUUUUUCUGUCUGAUCGAUUGUUAUUUGCUGAGUUUGAGAGUUUGCGUGUGUCUGUGUGUGAGAGAGGUAAGGUAAAUAUUAUUUGAUGGCACCAGAUGGCACCUCCUACGAGUGCUGACCAAAAGGACAAACAACAACAUUUCAGCUUGCCACAUAUUUGUAGUGAUGAUAUUGUAUCACGUUUUGAAAAUAGGAGAGCAAUACUUUGCAACUUGAAUGACUUGAAUGUCUGCUUGGCUGAUACGGUUGUGAAACUUGACUCCCUGUCUGAUAUGCCAACGGCUGAUAAAAUGUGAUCUAACCUGUCUGACAUUUUUCUAAAAACGGGCUAGCAAAACUCUGAGGCAGGGCGUACGUGGGCACAACCAUACUUUCAGUUGCUUUAAGUGGACCAUGGCUAGCCAAGUUGAAGAUGAUCUCCAAUGUCCGAAGUGUUUGGAAAUCUUCAAAGAUCCUGUUAUACUUCAGUGUAGUCACAGCGUCUGUCGUGCGUGCGUGCAGCGGUGGUGGGAGCAGGAAGGAGAAAGAUCGUGUCCACUCUGUAGGAAAAGGUGUAACUCGAUGGAUCUACCUCGCAACUUGGCACCGAGGGAUGCGUCUGAGGCCUUUUUACAGGCCUCGGUGGAGGCAGAGGACAUCUGCAGGUUGCACAAGGACAAACUGAAUUUCUUCUGCUUGGACCACCAGGAGUCUGUGUGCAUCAUCUGCAGAGAUGCAGAAAUCCACGCUGGCCACAAGGUCCGUCCCCUUGAUGAAGCUGCGCCAGAUCACAGAAAGAAAUUCCAGGAAGGCCUGGAGAGAGUAAAGAAAUGUCUGGAAGUGUACGAUGAGGUGAGAGACAACUGCAGUGAACUAGCAGAGUACAUCAAGGUCCAGGCGGACCAGGUUGAAAGCAAGAUUAAGCAGAAUUUUGAAGAGCUUCAUCGCUUUCUGCAGGUUGAGGAGGAGGCCAAGUUGUCUGCUCUGAGGGAGGAAGAGCAGAGGAAGAGUCAGAUGAUGAAGAAGAAGAUUGAGGUUCUCAACAGAGACAGGGCCGCUCUGUCAGACAUGAUCAGAACCGCAGAGGAGCAGCUCACAUCUGACCACGUUUCCUUCAUGAACAACUACCAGGCUGCAAUGAGUAGAAUCCAGCAGCUGCCCAAGAAGCCUAACGUGCUCCCCGGGGCGCUGCUGGAUGAAGUCAAACAUGUGGGCAACCUCAAGUUCACCGUGUGGGAACGAAUGAAGGAGAUGGUCUCCUUCAGUCCCGUGAUUCUGGACCCAAACACGGCCGGUCCGGAACUCAGUCUGUCUGAAGAUCUGACCAGUGUGAGCGUUAAAGAUGGAGAGCAUCAUCCAAAGAAUCCCGAGAGGUGUCAGUACUGGAACGGUGUCCUCGGUUCCGCUUUGGACUCAGGAACACAGGUCUGGGAAGUCGACGUGGGAGACAACGCUGACUGGCGACUGGGGGUCGCGUGGGGGGAACCUGAUUCGCCCCCUAGCGUAUUCACAUCGAUCAUCGGAUUCAGUGAUGAUAAAUACAAAAAGUUAUCAGGGCGAUAUGAAUCCUGGAAUCCGCCAGUAAAACUGCAGAGGAUUCGAAUUCAUGUGGACACUAACGAAAGAUCCAUUUCAUUAUCCGAAUCGCUUACAAACACUGAGAUAUCCACAAGGAAGAACUUUUCAAAUUGGCCGAAUUUGUCUGCUAGCAUGAAAAUCUAUCCUUACUUUUACACAGAGGAUAAAGGUCCUCUGAAAAUAAUACCACUUACACUUUUUGUUACAACUCAAAGUCUGUGAUGAUAAUUUGCUGCCAGAAUGCUGCAACGACAUGGUAAAUAAAAAGUUGCAAGAUGGUUCAUUGAAUAUGAUAUGUCACUUUGAAUAAGAUAUUUCUUUCACCCACAAGGGAUAUUUUACAGUGAUUGAACUGUUCAAUAACUAGAAAACAUCAUUUUGAAUUCAUACAGUAUUUCGGUUUUAAGAGACCAUGUCGGAAAAAAAUAUAUCUGAUCAAAAAUGUUUUGUUUAAAUGUUUGUUUUAAUAAUCUGAAGACAUAUUGUUUUCUUCUCAAUGAUUACUCCACACUCUUUUGUGACUUUUAUUUUCCUGACAGUUGUAUAUGAAAGACUCGCUUCUAUUUUAUUUUGAUGGGAGCAAUGGUCACUACUAGGUGUCUGACACCUCCCAUCCAAAAUAAUUGUACUUUGUGGUUGUAGCUGUAUUGAUAAGUAUCAGUGUAAUCAAAAACUACAGAGAAUAUGUUAUAAAUCAACAUUUGAGAGAGA